AUGCAACAUCCCAACCUACCGCCUCAACUGACCAUCCAACCGCAGCAGUUGCUGUACAACAAUGCUCCCCAAAAUGGCUCGCCCUAUCAAUAUAACAAGCCUAUGGCCUAUCCCCAGGUCAUGAUCCCGACAUAUCCUACCUAUGUACAGUCAUAUAACCAACAACCGCAACCCCACACGCAACCGCAACCGCAACUGCAAUCGCAUCCCCAGCAUCAGCAUCCACAUCCGCCUCAACCUCAACCGCCGCCCCCGCCGCAACAACAGCAACCGCAACAGCAAUAUGUCAACCCAUCCGAUCUGUUUCACCAACCCCCGAUGCCUUCGUUGCCUCCCUCGCGAUUCACCCAAGGGACGUCUCAAUAUGCUGGGCAAUCCGCCGUGUCUGCUGCGGGCAGCAGUCAUUCACCAGCCCUCCCUACGAGUACCCCUACCCCGUCGACCUACUAUGCCGCUCCUAGCCCGAACCAGGCAAACCAAGGCUAUAGAGAGACUCCCCAACCUGUACCGCAGCCGACCCCGCAGCCAGCGCCGAAGACGACGCCGAAGCCUGUCCAGCCUCGACCGGUCGCUGCAACUCCCCCAGCACCAUCACCGAAGAGCAUUCCCCAAGUGUUGAUUCCGGCGCCCUCGCCCGAAGUGCAUCAGAAGGUGCAGCGGAACCCUUCAAAGGAGCAAACACAGCGCAAGCACAGCCAGCGGUCCCCGCAGAAGCCCGCCAAGACGCCCGUCGAUUACCAGGUGCUGCUGUUGGCAAUGGCCGACGAAUAUCUUAACGCGGCCCACAGCCAGGGGACGAUGAUUGCCUUAAUGAGGAGGGAGAUGGAAGUUGAAGAAUACUACAAGCUUGUUGCGACGGGACUUGGUUGCCUGGAGGCUGUGUUGAAGAAUUGGCGACUUCAACCCCGGAUGGAGGCCCUUGUACGAUUGCGAUAUGCGCGUAUAUUGUUCGAGGAGACUGAGAACGAUUUCGAAGCGGAGACUGCCCUGAGUAAAGGCAAUCGCAUGUUGGACUUGAAAUAUAGCAUGCAACAUCUCUUAGCGCGGAUGCUUCAUAAGACAAAUCCCAAAGCCUCGAUGAAGGCCGUUGACGGAAUGAUCCAGGAUGUCGAAGCAUAUCGUCAUUCCGCCUGGGAGUACGCAUUUCGAUUUCUUCGUGUUUCCCUCUCACUAUCUGCGCCAGCCCACCAGGACUCGGUUUCCGCAUUGCAACACCUCCAUAAAAUCUCCACCAUGGCCAAUCGCAAUGGCGACAAAGCUGUUUCGGCCAUGUCCGCCGUGAUUGAAGCUCUUGCCCAUCUACAGCAGGGGACCACUUUUGAUUCAAUUGAGCAGGCGCAGCGCGCGGUGGCUAUCGCUCGCAGUCAUCAGUUGAAUGACGAGCUGCGCAACAUCCCGCAGCUGACUACCCUGGUGCAGAUGGUCGACAUUUGCUGCAGCCUUCUCGAGUAUGACAUUAAUCAGUCUUCACAAAAAUUAAAGGUCCUGCAAGACAUGAUGGACGAGCGGCUCAAUGAUCCGAAUUGGCGCCCUGAUGGGUCCUUUUCCAUCCCUCUCAAUGGCAAGUCGGCUGGACCGUCCUCCAUUGACACCGGGGAUAUUCUCCAGGUCCAGAAUGGCACCCUGUUGCUGAGCUUCAACUGGCUACCACAGCACGACUUGUAUGCCCUUUGCUAUUUCCUCAGCUCCGUUACACUUUGCUGUAAGAACUCUUAUGACGGCCGCAAGGCUGAAAAGUUCCUGCAAGAAGGGAUACGCAUGAUACAAGGAAGCUUCAAAGCUCCCCACGAAAUAACAGAGUCCAUGAUCACCGCAAAUAGGCGCGUGGAGUGGCGCAGGGUCCUUUAUUGUAACUUACUCCUUCAGCAAGUGUUCCUUGCGUGUGGCCGCACCGACUGGGAUCUAGCUAGCAAAACGCUGAAUGACCUCCGACAAGAGGCCCAGGAACUGGGUGACAGUCUUCCCGAUUCCAUUCAGUGCCUGAUGGAGUAUGCAGCGGGCACCAUCGCUCAAGCCACCGGCGAUCUGACUACAGCUUUGAAUGCUUUCCAGUCCCCAGCCCUGUCACUGUCCUCUUCGACGAGUAAGACUGCUCGUAACGACCCUCGCCGUGACAUUGCUAUCCUCGCUGCGCUGAACACUGUACUCCUUCUGCGGGAUCCCACCCAUCCUUCUCACUCUCAGCUCCACCAACUGCUGGCGACAAUCGAGUCUCUUUGCAAGGGCAGUCCCAACAAGUAUAUACAAGCGGCGUACUUUUUCGUCUGUGCCACCGUGCAGACAGAGUCUACAAUUCAAACGAAACAGUUUCUCCAGCAGGCGCUCCAGUCUGCCACGGCGAUCAGCAACAGCCAGAUCACCUGCAUGACUUUGACAUUCAUGAGCUGGAAGUACUUUCGCGGGGUGGUCGGCGAACAGGCCGAGAAAAGUGCCCGCGCCGGACGCGCCAUGGCCAAGAAAGCCAACGACCGCCUCUGGGUCAGUGUUACGGACGAGAUGCUGGCGGAGACGCUGGAACGUCAGGGAAAGAAUGAGGAGGCCACGGGUGUCCGCGAGGAGGGCCAUCGUGUGAUGAAUGGGCUGCCGGAGGCGCUAAAGCGAGCCUGUUGA